AUGGCUUUCUUCGUUUGUCGCCUCAUUCUUCCUCCAUUAUUCAUCUUUCUAUUAAUGUGGGUUUUUUGUUUGUUUCUUCCAUUCUGCCUGGCUUUCCGUUUAAUUCCUCCUUUUUAUUUGACCAUUCUUUCACUCAAUGAAUGCGAGAAAAAGAAGAAAAUGCAAAUAAUUGCAAUUUUUUCUUUCUUUCUUUCUUUCUUUCUUUCUCAUUUAUUUCUUUUGCGUUCUUUACUAUUUAAUUUUCAUACAAUUAGAAUUCCUUCCUUUCAUUCUUUCUUUCUUUCUUUUCCACCAUCUUUGUCUAUGCGUUCUUUACUAUUAAAUUUUCUUAGAAUUAUAAUUGGUUUUCUUCCUUCCUUAUAUUCUUUCGUUCUUUCUUUUCCUCCCUCUUUCUCUAUCAAUUUUCUUUCUUCCUUCCUUUCAUUCUUUCUUUCUUUCUUUUCAUCCAUCUUUGUCCAUGGUAAAUUAAUAUAUCUUUCUUUCUUUCUUUCUUUCUUUCUUUCUUUCUUUCUUUCUUUAGCGCAAUAUAAACACAUUCUUUAA